AUGCCUUGUGACACACUCAAAAACAACAAAACGUUGAAGCCCACCGUCGGAUGCUUACUCUGUAGCUUCGCUUUAGUUUUUGUAUUCUCAAUUACGGCCUUUGCCUUCACUCAAAUGCAGGACGACAAAGCGAGUGCUUUACGCUUCGCUGACGAAGCUGAAAAUGAAGUAGAUGCCGAAGUAGUGGAAAUAAUUGUGAAUGAAGGAGGAUCACAGUACGCUGGCCUUGGUGCAGUGAAAAAAUUUCCGCAAACAAAUGAUACAGAAAAGCUGCUGACAACAACAAUAAGACAGCAACAGCAACAGCAACACCAACACCAACACCAAAACAAACGUGAGGUGGGCACAAAUGAAGAUAAACAAACCGAUAAUAAUCACACAACCAUUAAUCGUGGCUACUAUGAAGAGCAGCGACCAGUUGUCGUACACGCUGAAAGUCUACCAACACUCGGGCGUCGACAGGACAACUUUGGUGCACCACCAACCAACUUUCAGGAUCCCUACAAUGAGCGGCCGGUAGCGGAGUAUGAAGCGGACGAGCUAGAGGGCGCUUCAGAUGACGGCGGCGGUGAAGUGGGUGUGGAUCGACGUCCUUAUGAACCGCAGCGUUACUAUGAUGAUGGUGAUGAAGAUGAGAGUGCUGCAGGCGAUAAUGAAUAUGUUCCAAGCGAGCAACAAAGUGCAAGCGAAGGUCGUGCUGCACAAAACUCUGCUUAUGAUUCAUACUAUCGGCAAUGGCAUUAUGCGACACCAACGCCGGUGGCAAUGCAACGGCCAAAUGGUGGUUGGGAAGUUGGCGAUAAUCGAAAGUUGCAGAAUGGCGUACGUGAUCCCUAUGCCGCUUAUGAUACCGAUGGUCCAUUGGAUGAUUACGAGUAUCCUGGUGCGCCAACAGCACUACAAAAGCAACAAUAUCAACAACAGUUGCAGCAACGGCAGCUACUCCAGCAACAGAAACAGCAACAACAAGAAAAACAACCGCAAAGCCGCCCACAACAGACCACAACACAACAGCAACAGCAGGCGGUCCAAGGGGCCGACACGCAGAACCGCCCAUCACUCGACACCUCCACCGCCCCUACGGAGAAUACACUACUCUCUACGCUGAAAAGCCUCAAAAUCAUGUGGGACAUUUACCAAGCAUUCGCUGCCGCCUGGAAUGUGCUCGCGACACAUCGACAAAAACAAGAGCAACAACAGCAAGAGGCAGCGAAACGUCGUCAACAGCAAAUCGCCGCACAGCAAAUGCGUAUCAAUUCGAAAAAACCGCCCAAAUUCGAAGCGAAGGACAAAUUUGCACAAAGGAAUAGCAGCAGCAACAGCAACAGCAACAAAAACGCUGAUAAUGGUGGUGGCGCUUUAGUGAAGGGUGCUGGUGCUGCCACAACGGCCGCAAAGCUAGUAAGGCCCAAUAACAAAGCGACUAAGAAUCCUAAAACGACCACAACAACAAAAAGCACUACGACAACCGAAUUGGCGGUAGUGAUGAGCAGUGAAGUGGAAGAGCCGGUUGCCAGCAGCAGCAGCAGCAGCAGCAGCAGCAGCAGCAGUGGCGGUGCGGGCAAAAAAAAAGUGGGCACAAAAGGUGAUGCGGUGGCGCGACAAAAUGCUCAGGGUAAGCGUGAGAAACGUCAAAUGUCUGAGGCAAGUGAUGCGACGAAAUCGACAGAUGUGGGCGAAGGUCGAUACAUCAAAGGCGAUCCGUUGAAGGGUUACUAUGAUUUUGUCAUCACCGAGGGUUCCUAUAAAUUCUGGGCUGUCUUUCAGACUGGCACUGCAUUGCUGAUCAUUUACUCGACCUUCGCAGCCAUUUACUACUCGAAAGUAAAUCCGCUGGUGUCCGAUUACGACUACACCGACUACUUGGGCGGUGCGCGUUCACUGAGCGGUGGCGACGACGACUUCAUCGAUGAUGACAGUGCCAGCAACAGCAAUGGAAUGCGACGAGGUGGCUGGUUCGAUGGUAUGCUGCCACGCGCUGGGCGUACGUUAAAAUAUAUAUUCGAUGCGCUCGAUAAACUGCCGGUGGACCAUCGCGAAGAGGAUGAGGUAAUGAAAGGCGAGCAUUUAACGACAGCAGUGUCAGCGCAGCCGGAACAGCAGCCGUGGGCAUUAAAAGUAGGAGGGGUAGCGAAUGAAAGCGACGAUACGACCGUGACAGUGGAGGCGGAUGCGAACGAAGAGGAGAAUGAAGGGAGGAAGAGGAAUUAAUGCAGCGGCAAGUUCGCGCGUAUGCUGCUUGAUGAGCGAAAAAUGUGGCGCUUAAUAAUAACUUCUUCGGCACCUAGCAUGUGUGGGGCGGCACAAACAACGCAAACACGCAUACAUACAUAUGUGUGUAUGUACAUAUAUACAAAUGCGUUCUGCAACUUUUGCAACUACAAAAUCGUUGCCAUAAAUUCUCACGCAAUUAAUUACGAUACUUUCGUUUAUUCCUUAAGUUUCGAUAGGUUUUUGUUUUUGUACUCCUCUUUCAAUCGGCAAUUUCAUUGUUUCACUUUCUGCUUUUUCACUACUCUCCUCACAUUAAUUUUAUUUAUUUACAUACAGCCGGCCAAUACAUUUUUGCAUUUAUUUCCUUUAUUGCGUUGGUCAAUUGUUAUUUGUUCUGAGUUUUUUCUUGUUUUUCGACGUGCAUUCGUAUUGAUUUAUGGCGUAGAAUUUAUGGCAGCGAUGCCACCAAUGCAGACAGAAAUACGCUUCUGACAAUGGUAAAUAUACAAAAUCGUUAACUAUGUGACCACAGCUGCCCUUGGUACAGGCUACAGAAUUGCGGUUUAAUUUCACUAAAAGACAUUUGAUGCACGCGACAGAAGCGAUUUGGCAUUAAGGAAUUUUACUCUGUAUGUAUUUAAGAAAAUACCAAAUUAAAAAUCAUUUAAA